AUGACGAGCCGACUCUGCCGGAAAACCUUUGUGAAUGUUGAGAGGAAAAUAAUGAUGAUGAGCAAGAAAUUUUCAUCCAUCAUGAUGUUAAAUUCAUUGGCGAGGAAAAAUAUCUGUGAAAAUCAUGGACGUUCAUUUCAUCAAUCUACCCGAUUUUUUGAAAAGAUUGAAUUUACACCGGAAGAGUUACAAGUUUUGAAAGAGUUGAGACAAAGUAUGGAUGCACUUGCUUCAGCAGAACCAAACAACAAACGUACAAUUAAAAAAAACGCUGUAGGAGAGUUUAUUCCCGAUCCUGAGUUUGAUUACAGCAACCUUUCUCCAGAUGAAUUCUUGGAGGCAUUGAGAAAUAGAAAACCCAGAGAGAAUGAAGAUGAACUACAAGGAAGAGAUGUUGAAAAGGAAAGAAGAGUUUUUGAGCUAGUAGAAGAGUUGUUGAACAAUCCAGAUCUUGACCCUACUCAGGACCAAAUUGAAGAGCAUAAAAGAAAAGCCACCCAGUCACUCUUAGAAAUGGAUGACCAUGACAGCCUAUCAAGUAGCCAAUUACCAAUAAUUUCUUAUGAUGAAUUGAAUAAGAAAUUUUAUAGAAGAAUUUAUCUUGAAGAAACAACAACCAAGGAAAGAAAAAACGAGUUCAGGAUAAGAAUUGGCCAAGAACAAUUGUUAAGAACUACUACCAACAAGAUUGUUACAGUUCCAACUCAAGAAAUUGGAACUAUUGUUGCAGGUGAAUGGGAAUUACAAACCGAAUAUGUAAGACCUGCCACUCUUCCAAUCACAGAGUUGGUUUGCAGAAUUGAAGAUGUCAAACGUGAGACAAACUUUGAAGUCAGCUUUAACAUGAAAAAUACCAUUCAUGGAUUUUUUGACGGGGAAUUUGUUUGUUUAAGACAAGGAAUGACAGACGAUAAUAUUAAACAAGCAAUUAAGGAACACUGGGAUCCUCUGGUGGAUUGGUUUAACAAGGAAUUUGAUACAAAACUUGUAGUUCUCGAUGAAAAUAGUAGCUUUGCUGCUGAUGCGACACAAGAGGAUGCUCGUAGAAAAUUUAUUGAACGCUACACGACUGCUGAAGGUAUACGAUUAUAUAACAAGACAUUGAGUGUGAAAUAUUUAUUCGAUAGAAUGUCACCAGCAGCAUUGGUGAUUUUGAAUGCAAUGGUUGAGGUGACAGGUUCUGUGGUUAUUGCCUCCGCUCUCUACUCUGGCAACAUCAAUGCCAAACAAGCUGCUCUUGCCACCCAAUUACCAGUGCGAGAACAAACCAAUGUUUUUGGCUUGGUCAUGGGAGAACAUGACUUGCAAUUUGCUGAACAGAACUGCAAGCUUUCUGCUCUAGAACUUCUUUUGAACAUGCAUCCACAAUCGAGAGACAUUUCUGAUUCCUACAGUAGAAUACUAUAG